CAAGGAAAAGCAAGUAUAUUUUAUUGCUAAAAAUGGAAUAAUACUGAACAUCAUGUGGUUCAUCUCAACCAUGCCGUACCGCCGCAGAACUUGUUCAAUAACACAAUAAUUGAGGGUGGAAAUUUUCCACAGUCUGCCGUCUAGUAUAGAAGUACUCUAGCAUUGUAAAGCAGUGUUUUUCCAGGGCCAGCACUCGACAAAACAACCAGUAGCAAUAUCGUAAGGCCAUACUCGUCGUGUAAUUAAUGACUAAGCAGCGGCUUUAACUUUACCUGUUUGGAUGGCCAGAACACCUGUAUGCUAAACGAGCCCCAUUUCUUAGAUUCAGCUGUUGGGUCAAGCAGUCAAGUAACCACAUUAACUGGGAUAAAACAUCUCAUUCAGAAUUUGAAGACGAACCCUUUUUGUACCGGACAAGAAAUUUAUAAAGACCCUUGAGUAACUUGAGUAACAAUGUAGGCCUAUCGAAAGGAUAAACACCCUUAAAAUGCUUCAAGAAAACGACAUCUACGGUCCAGACUACGCCGUAACGGAUCUCCGGACAGGCCAGCUAAACAGCAACGAGCGGGCUCGAUUGCAGAUUGUGCUCCGGAAUAUCGAGAGGGCUUACCGGUUGACCGAGCAGCGCGUGGACCGCUACAAGCAGCAGCUUCGUAGAGACUUGAUCGACCUAGAGGCCCAUAAGGCCGCCAUGCGUUCCCACGCUUUGGGCUACUGCCGAUUAGGGCAGCUUGAUCAUGACGGCCAACGAGAGAUGUUGAAGGUGUUCUCACAGCGCGGUCGAUACAACUAUUCCCUGAAGAGCGAGGUGAAUUUCCACCGGGAAUGCAUGAGCUCCUACAACGCGCGGCUGGAGCAUGCCAAGAAGUUACUGGCGGCUUCCCGGAAGCAGUGUUUGCGGGCCAUAGCCAAGGGAGACCGGGUCUUGUCUUUUGGCCGAGACGGGGAAGCAGACUGGGACACGAACGGACAAGCCCCAGACGGUUUUCGUCGCUCAGAGACACCGCCGGGUCUUAUAGUCCCGCGAAUGUGAUGGAAAUGCACAGAACUACUUCCAUAUAGGUGCUAAGAAGUGAUAAAAACAAGCUGUAAAACAGGUGAUAAUGUUUUAACGCAUUUUUAAACGCCUUCCUGAUAACAUUUCAUGAAUGUGUUAUGGUGUUAAUAAUCCAAAGUUAAAUAUGUUGUGGUGUUUAUUCUUUAACGUGUAAAUGUGUAAAUACAUUAAGACACAAUCACACAUUUUGGUGUUAAUAAAAAAACAAAAACUUGUUUAUCAGUAUGGUAGCACUUCCUGAACCCCCAAACAUGUUUAUUUCCCAAAAGACGUUUAAUUUUUAAAUGGUUAUAGGUUUGCAAUGAACGCAAAGAUAAGCGUUGGUUUUACAGUGUGCUGAAUUGCACUAGGGCGCAUCAGUGGUUGGGGGUAACGAAGGCUUCCUCUCCCAAAAAAGAGCAAAAAAGGCAUUUUUGAUCUCUUUCAUUUUCAUUCCUUCCGAAAGAGUUUAAAAGCCUCAAGAUGUAGCCCCAGUCAUCAGAAGGCCACAGAAUGUCACAUAAAAAGGGCACCCCAUACGGUUCUGGGUUUGGUUCAUGUAAUAGCAAAGAUGGCAUUCCUUCCUUUCUUGUCGUAACAAGACUUGCUGCAAGGGGGGGGGGCACUCCGGACUAUUAUGUUUUAGAGCUUUUCAUAGAGCUGCUACGGAGUAUCGCAGCUGUUAGGACCAAAAUUGUUAAAAGAAUCCUUUGAAACUGUUCAUCUGUUCUGAUCCAAUGGAGAGAUUGCACAAAUCUGUCACACGAGGGCGCCAAAUAGAAUUUCAACGAACACUGUCCUGAGAUAAGCCUUGUCUUAUUCCGGUAAGUUGUGUAGAAACUAUUGGCAUCCUUUAUCGGCACAAAAGCCAUUCAACCACGAGUGUUUUUUUUGUGUUAUUAAUAUGUUCUUGAAAACUCAGAAUAUUGUAAAAUUUCAAAACAUUACUGUGUAAUAAAAAGUACUCUCGCUUUUUUCCACUGAGGGCAGUAUUCAUCCUUGACCACCUUUGCAUC